GGCAGUAAACAUGGCAGACUCAGACGCUUCAGCAGAUACAGGAAAUAAACAUUGUGUUUAUCACGAGCUGCUCAGUCCAUCAGAGCUGUUUGAAGCUCGGUCCCGCAGCCAUAAGAUCCCGGUGCGCGGCCAGAAAGAGUUCCUGCCCAGCGGCUCCGAGAAGCAGAGCCAACGACUGCAGCACAGCCUGGAGGAGCACUGGACACUGCUGGCCGAGGAGAGGGUCGAGAGACUAGGGAAUCUGGUGAAUGCGGUGUGGAGUCCUGAAGAAAGAUUGGUGGAGUUACAAUCACCGGCCGGGAAGUUUUGGCAGACGAUGGGCUUUUCAGAAAGAGGCAAGCAGUAUCUGCAACCCGAAGAGGCUCUCUACCUCAUGGAAUGUGGCAACGUGCAGGUGUUUUACAGGGACCUUCCUCUGUCCAUUCAGGACGGAUAUGAGCGGUUUCUGUCCUCUGACACCGUGACUCUUCAUCAGUACCAGGUUUUUGGACAUUUGAAGAGGCUUGGGUAUGUUGUGAACAGAUUUGAUCCCAGUCAUCUUUCACACAGUUCAGUCUCAUCCACAUAUGAGAGACAGCUGAAUCUGCCAUCAUCAUCAAUGGACAAACAGAAGAAACAGCUGAAGAGGAAACGCUCUCAAAGUCCUGUGUCAAGUGACAAACACAGCAUAACAACAGAAGAGAUGACAUCUGAAGCUCACAGUGAGCUAGCGGAGACCAGUAAAUUACCAGCGCCUCUGAAGAAGCCAGUACAGUCAGCUGACGCCCCUGACAGGACAUGGUGGAUGGAGGAGGAUGUCCUGCAAAAACACCCCAAAACUCAAACUGCAGCUCCCCGUUGGGACUUCAGCACCAUCAGUUUCCCAGAUCUGGGCUCCCGCAGGAGAUCUGAGUGUUUGGUGUCUCCAGACCACAGCCUGCUGCCUGAAAAUGUUGAUGUUGGUGAAUGUGACGUGUCCCGCUGGCUGGGCAGACUCAACAUGAAGCAGGAGAAGCUGUCGCGGCGGGACAGGGAGCGCCAGAGGGAUCGGGACCGAUACCGCAGGGAUAUUAACAGUGACCGGGACGUGCGGCGCUGUAGAAACUGGGCAGAAUAUUCAGAGCUGAUGGAGGAACGGAGGAGGCGGAGGAGAAAACACAGACCUGAACAUCUGUGGGAGAGAGACGAGACACCGCUCACACAGCCCGGACAGUGCACAUCACACCGUGAACUGCUGGACCAGAUCAGCAUCAUCAAGUCUUCAGCUUUCUCCGAGGGUCUUUCCAGAUUGUCCCCGUCAGACCAGUGGAAGAUUAGUUUCGAUGUUUACCAACCAGACACGGUGACGGAGUUUAAAAAGAGCCACCCCGGAAAGCCUUACACCCGCAUGUGUGUCUGCAGUUUUGCAGGUCCUGUGCCGGAUCUGCAUGCAGUGAAGCAGCUGUCCUUCCAGAGCCUGGACGUCCCGGUGACGUUUGCAGUGGUGGAUCACGGUGACAUCUCCUUUUACUGCUUCAAAGACUUUAAACUUCCAACCGAUGUGUAUUAAAGCAGGAUUUACUGAACUGAACACAACGUCUGUGCAUCUCAGGGGGAUUACGGAGGGAUAGUUCACCCAAAAAUAACAGCUCUGUCAUCGUCUACUGACUCCUAUUGCAUUGCGAAUUAUUAAAGUCUUAAAUCAUGAAGCAUUUUUUUUAGACAAGUACAAAAUAUUGUCUUGUUUUCAGAAAUAAUGAGUGUAAAUGAAGUGAGUUUUUCCAUAAAACAAGCAAAAUAAUCUGCCAGAGGGGUGAGUAUGAUAAACUAGUUUUCACUUUUGACAUAAGAUUAUUUUACUUACCCUAUAUAACUUCUGAAAAUAAGACAAUACUUUGUACUUGUCUUGAAAAUGCUUCAGUUUUGAGGUAUUUGGACUGGAAACGAGACUAAAGCUCUGAGUAAGAAAAGCGUUCUUGGUCAAUUGAAGUCAGUGGGAACAAAAAAUGUUUGAUUUCCAACAUUUAUCAAAACGUCUUCAACAUCCCAUUGGAUUCAGUGCCAAUAAGCAAUGACAGAAUUGUCCGAAUUGAAUUUGUUUUUGGGUGAAAUCCUCCUGUAAUUUGAUUUCUAUCAUCUUCAAGUUAUACCAAAACAAUCAACACCAGCGUCAGGGAUGUCUAGUGUCUUCAGGACCGUUUCAGCUGCUGGAAUUCAUUUCGUUUAGCUGGUUAUCCAGCUUCCAGAGAGUCUUUUUAUUAGAUGCAUGGUGAUGAUGGUUAAUGCGCUUCAGUUUAUCGAUAUUUACAGCACACACAUACACAUUUAAAAUGGUCAGUUGAUUAUUAGUUUCAGGAAACACUCAAUAAAGCAGUUGUUUUCAUCUGG